CCCAGGGGGCUGUGCAUUGGCCAGAGCUCUAGGACCGCUGCUUCGGUGGCUGUCACAGCGGGACCCGCUCACGCCCCCAAGUGAGCAGUCCUGGCCCGGAGCGUCGGCCCUGGUCAUCCAUUAAAAAAAGCAUUGCGGUCCGGGGCUCUAGCUUGUGUGGACUCUGUGCUUCUCUUGGCUGACUGCUUCUUGAAUUUCUAAACCAUGGCCCAUGGAUCAGUGAUGUUCAGUGACAUUUCCAUAGUCUUCUCUCAGGAAGAGUGGGAAUACCUGGAUUUGGAACAGAAAGACUUGUACAAAGAUGUGAUGUUAGAGAACUACGGCAACUUGGUCUCACUGGGAUGCUUCAUUACUAAACCAGAUGUGAUUUCCUUAUUGGAGCAAGGAAAAGAGCCCUGGAAAGUUAUAAGGAAAGGAAGACGACGAUAUCCAGAUUUGGAGACCAGGUAUGAAACUAAGAAAUUAUCUUCAGAAAAUGAAAUUUGUGAAAUAAAUUUAUCCCAGUGGAAGAUAAUGCAAAGAAUUAAAAGUCGCAGCCUUAAUGGUCUCAUUUUAAAAAAUGAUUGGGAGUCCAAAAGAAAAUUUGAAGAACAAGAGGGAUCUCAAGAGGAAUAUUUCAAUCAAGUAAAAAUCCCAUCUGAAAAAGUGUUCACCUACCAGAAACGUGCAUCUGUUACUCCACAUCGGAGUAUUCAUUUUGUUGAUAAACCCUAUGAAUGUAAGGAAUGUGGGAAGGCUUUUAGAGUGCGCCAGCAACUUACUUUUCAUCACAGAAUUCAUACUGGUGAAAAACCUUAUGAAUGUAAGGAAUGUGGGAUGGCUUUUAGACAGACCGCACACCUUACUCGACAUCAGAGACUUCAUUCUGGUGAAAAACUCUAUGAAUGUAAGGAAUGUGGAGAAGCUUUCAUAUGUGGCCCGGACCUUAGAGUGCACCAGAAAAUUCAUAUUGGUGAGAAGCCCUAUGAGUGUAAAGAAUGUGGGAAGGCCUUUAGAGUACGAGGACAACUUACUCUCCAUCAGAGGAUUCAUACUGGUGAGAAACCCUAUGUAUGUAAAGAAUGUGGGAAGGCCUUUAGACAGUAUGCACACCUUACUCGACAUCAGAAACUUAAUAUUGCUGACAAACUCUAUGAAUGUAAAGAAUGUGGAAAGGCUUUUUUGUGUGGCUCUGGCCUUAGAGUACAUCACAAACUUCAUACUGGUGAGAAACCCUAUGAAUGUAAGGAAUGUGGGAAGGCCUUUAGGGUACGACAACAAUUAACACUCCACCAGAGAAUUCAUACUGGUGAGAAACCCUAUGAGUGUAAGGAAUGUGGAAAGACCUUUAGUCGUGGUUAUCAUCUUAUUCUCCAUCACAGAAUUCAUACUGGCGAAAAACCUUAUGAAUGUAAGGAAUGCUGGAAGGCCUUUAGUCGUUACUCACAACUUAUUUCACACCAGAGCAUUCAUAUUGGUGUUAAACCUUACAACUGUAAGGAAUGUGGGAAGGCCUUUAGACUACUUUCACAACUUACACAACAUCAAAGCAUUCAUGUUGGUGAGAAACCCUAUAAAUGUAAGGAAUGUGGGAAAGCCUUUAGGUUGCGCCAAAAACUUACACUGCAUCAGAGCAUUCAUACUGGUGAAAAACCCUUUGAGUGUAAGGAAUGUAGAAAGGCCUUUAGACUUAAUUCAUCCCUUAUUCAACAUCUAAGAAUUCAUUCUGGUGAGAAACCCUAUGAAUGUAAGGAAUGUAAGAAGGCCUUUAGACAACAUUCACACCUUACUCAUCAUCUGAAAAUCCAUAAUGUAAAAAUAUAAUUCUUUUCAUUCCUGUGUUAUAGAACAUUCUGUGAAUGUGAUUAUUUUAUCUGUUUUGUUCCAUACAUGCAACUGACUUGGCAUAAGUUUUAUACCAUUAAAGGAAUGUAUUAAUGUAACGUAUGCCACCAUCAUGCAAACCUGAAACUGAAAGAAAAAAUGAGCACAUUUUUUCUAAAAACUAAUUAUGUUGGCUCGGCGCCUGUGGCUCAAGCGGCUAAGGCACCAGCCACAUACACCAGAGCUGGUGGGUUCGUAUCCUGGGCCCGCCAAACAACAACGACGGCUGGAACCAAAAAAUAGCCGGGUGUUGUGGUGAGUGCCUGUAGUCCCAGCUACUUGGGAGGCAGAGGCAGGAGAACCGCUUGAGCCCAGGAGUUGGAGGUUGCUGUGAGCUGUAAUGCCACAUCACUCUACCCAGGGUAACAGCUUGAGGCUCUGUCUCAAAAAAAAAAAAAAAAAAAAACUAAUUAUGUUAAUAAAACAUAUGGGAAAGACACCAUUUUUAUCCCAUCACCUACUUGUGUCAUAUUGAACAAGAUGCUUAACUGCUCCAUGCUAUAAUUUCUUCAUUUGUAAAGUAGUGAUGUAAGAGUGUAGUAAAGAUGGCUGCAAGUUCCUUGACACUCUUUCCAUCAGGUGGUGGAAUUUACAUCCACUCCCUUCAAUAUGGACAGGCUCUGUGACUGCUUUGCCCAGUAGAAUACAUUAGAAGGACUGCUAUGCUGGUUUCUGGACCUAGGCUUUGCUGGUAGUUUUACUUAUCUCCUGAAAUAUUCUCUCAAGCCCUGUCAUGUUAAAAAGUCUUGCUACUUUGGUGGAAAAGUCGAAUGGAGAGGUUCUGAGACUAUAUAGAGAAAAAGAGGCACCCUGCUGAACUCAGCCUUCCAGAUAUCCAGCAAGGCACCAGACAUUUAAGUGAAAUAGUUUUGGAUCCCUCAGACCAGCCAUCAGCUGAAUGACCCUGAGUGAUCUCAGCUGAUGCUAUAUAGAACAGAAGAAUUGACCUGCUAAGCCCCUGCCCAAAUUCCUGACCCACAAAAUAAUUAGCUAUAAUAAAAUGGUUAUUUUAAGCCACUAAAUUUUCUUUUACUAUUAUCAUUAGUAACCUUAACCCUUGAAAGUUCAUAUUAAAGACUGUGGGCAUAAUGAAUAUAGAAAUGCCUUCUACCAACAGUCAUCCCUUAUUGAACUUCAGAUACCAUAUUCUUGUUAAAAUGUUGAAAGAAAUUAUUUUUCAGUUUGUUCAUUAAAAAGAUUGAUAUGAUGAUUAUAAUGGAUGGAGCAGAACAGCAGAAGCCACUAAUCUAUAUUGGCAUCUCUAAGUGAGAUCAGCCAGAGCGUGUACUUCUUGAUGUGAUGUAGUGGAUGUACCAAGUACCACCUGUGAAGUAUUCUUGCUUCAAAAAUUGAUUUAAAAUGACAGUUUUGGGCGGUGCCUGUGGCUCAGUGAGUAGGGUGCCAGCCCCAUAUACUGAGAGUGGUGGGUUUAAACCCAGCUCUGGCCGAACUGCAACAGAAGGAUAGCCGGGCGUUGUGGAGGGCACCUGUAGUCCCAGCUACUCGGGAGGCUGAGGCAAGAGAAUCGCCUAAGUCCAGGCAUUGGAGGUUGCCGUGAGCUGUGUGACGCCACAGCACUCUACCGAGGGCUGAGACUCUGUCUCUACAAAAAAAAUAAAAUAAAAAUGACAAUUUUGUCUAUAAAUCUAAUUACCAGUUUACAUGGAAAAUUAAAAGGCCAAAUUAAUGACACAAGCAAACAACCAGAUCUAUAAUUUAGGAAAUUUUAAUUAAUGGCUCCGUGUCUUCACUAAGACUUUUUUUUUAGUAUUCAUGUCAAAAAAGAUAAAAGUGGAAUCCUACAAAUUAGAGACUUAAGAGACAUAUCAGUCAAAUACAGUGUAUGGAGUGUGUUAGGAGCCUUGUGUUAGAAUGUACUUGGGAUUUGUUUUGAGAGCGCAGACGUGGAAAUGAAGGAAGAAGUUUAUACUGAAAUCCCUAGACAUAGGAGGCAUGGCAUGCCACAGACGACUGCAUCAUUUCAUGGGAAGGCAUGGGUAGGGCACACUGAGUGAGGUUAGGUUUGGAUAGUUUGAAAAAUUUGGGUGGGCUCUGGGGUAUAGGGAUGAUUCCUACUUAUCCAAUACCUGGCCCUGGGGUGACUUAGAGCAGGAGGAAUAUUGACUUGGUGUGUGAGCAUUUGAUAAAGCAGAUAGUUGGGAGUAUGGAUAGUUAGUCCUCAGAAGGGCAAUUUCUCCACAAUUAAGGCUCCAAAUGACAGAAUAUCAAGAAUACAGAAAAUAAGAAAAUAUAGUCAAUGUAAUCCUGAUUCGAAUAAAUAAAUGAAAAGUUUUAAAAGUAUUGUGGAAAUGUAAACAUGGAUUGUGUAUUACUCCUUUUGUUAGGUAUGACAAUGACAUCAUGCAAGUCUUUAUGUGUAGAGAUCCAUACUGAAAUAUUGAAGGAUGAAAUUAUGUCAUGCCUAUCAUUUGCUUUAAAGUACUUAAGAAAAAGGCUAGAUGUGGUAGCUCAUUCCUGUAAUCCUAACACUCCAGGAAGCUGAGAUGGAGGAUCAUUGAAUCAGGUAGUUCAAGACCAGCCUGAGCAAAAGUGAGACCCCCAUCUCUACUAAAAAUAUAAUAAUUAGGGGCGGCGCCUGUGGCUCAGUGAGUAGGGCACCAGCCCCAUAUGCCGAGGGUGGCGGGUUCAAACCCAGCCCCGGCCAAACUGCAACCAAAAAAUAGCCGGGCAUUGUGGCGGGCACCUGUAGUCCCAGCUGCUCGGGAGGCUGAGGCAAGAGAAUCGCCUAAGCCCAAGAGUUAGAGGUUGCUGUGAGCCGUGUGACGCCACGGCACUCUACCCGAGGGCGGUACAGUGAG